UCUUCUUGUUGGACUUGUUGGACUUGAUCUGCAAUGGUUUGCCAUACAACCGAAACGGUCUUGGAGAUUGUCUACUGCUUUGCCGCUGCCGCCGCCGCCUUUGUGUUUGGCGGCAUGUACCACGGCCACCCGUUCAUCCACGAGAGCUUUAUGCGUGAGAGCAAGCUGCAGCCGUCGCCGCACACAAAGUGGCCGCUCAUCAUCGAGUACUUGACGGCGCUUGUCAAAUUCGUUGCGCUCAACUUGCUCGCAACCGAGCUUGGCGUGACCUCGAUCGCCGGCAAACUCUCGCUGGCCGCCGCUCUCUGGUUUGCGUUCGAUUUCCUGCCGACCGCUGCCGAAUACGUUUGGGCAGGUCGCAGCUUUGUUCUGCUCGCCAUUCACGGCGUUUACCACCUGUCGUACUUGUUCGUGGGACUCUACACGGUCAAGUCGCUGGAGUAUGCUAGCAAGCACCUUCUCCAUGUUUAGAUGUGUCUGAGUUGCUGCGCGUUCGAUGCCGAGUUGAGGCGUUGGCCAACCCCCCGUCACGACGUGCGUGCUCGUUCGGUUACAAGGACUCGAGAAGCUGUUCAUGCGAUCGACAUUGCUGUGUUUGUUGUUUGAGAUUGUGUGUCUGUCGGUUGAGGUUGUGUGUCUGUCGGUUGAGCGGUCACUUCAAAUUGAGUUUUGCACAAAUUCCCAUUCA